AUGUAUAACCAUGGAACCAGAAUCAAUAAUUUUGUGUAUAUAUUGACUAUUGUGAUUUUUGUGAUUUUGGGUUUAAGUUAUUGGCCUCCUGAGAAACCUGAACCUCCUCCUCCCAUCACAGAAUUGUCAAGAAACCCUACGAUACAUAGAAGUCAGAUAAGGAAAGAAUUGGAAAGUUAUAAAAAUAUGGAAGAUGAUUAUAAAUGGCUUCUUAACAUGAAAUGUCCCGUGCAUGGAUACUCGUGUCCUAGUGGAGGUGUCACUCAGAGUAUCGAAUCAGGUGUCUAUAUACUUGAUAACAAUAAAGCAGACAUUGAUGGAUUCAUUGAAAAUAUUUUCAGCAAUCUUGACUCUAAUGUCAGACGUUUACUUGAAUCAAGACUUAAAGAAAUAUCAUAUGCCAAAGGUGCAGCCUGGACAAAAGAUAAUGUCCGUACAAAUUCUGAGGUGGACGAUCACAUCUCUGGAACUUAUUAUGUGCUUUACUCUGAUGAAUCACCAGAUCAGCCAAAUAAACGUCGAAUUUUUACUGCAGUAGUUCAAAAUACCAUAUCCGCUGGAUCUGGUCAUUAUUUUAGUGCAGAACAUUUUAGCGGAAAACGCAUCGAACAUGCGCUAAUGUAUUUACUCUACAAAGAUGUUAAAAAAAAGCAGUUGAUAUAA